GCCCCUUCAUGCUUAUCAGCAUUUCUAUCUACUAGGAUUAACUGAUCAAUGUUUCAGUUAAGAGCUCAAAGCAAACACCAUGUCGUUAAUGGCGUCAUUUCUCCGUCGGAAACUCAACGGCAAGUCGUUCCUUCUCCAAUUACGCCUAUUCAGUGACGCAAACUCUCAUGUUAAACCUUCGGAACGACAACAAGAAGAACCGAUAGAAAAAAUUCUGAUAGCAAACAGAGGCGAAAUCGCUUGCAGAAUCAUGAGAACAGCAAAGCGGUUAGGGAUUCGAACCGUCGCCGUUUACAGCGACGCCGAUAAGGAUUCUCUUCACGUGAAAUCUGCCGAUGAAGCUAUUCGUCUCGGUCCACCUCCGGCUCGGUUAAGUUACCUCCAAGGCUCUUCCAUUGUCGAGGCCGCGAUUCGAACCGGUGCACAGGCUAUCCACCCUGGUUAUGGUUUCUUGUCGGAAAGUGCUGAUUUUGCUAAGCUUUGUGAAGAUAAGGGUAUUACAUUUAUUGGUCCCCCAGUGUCUGCUAUCCGGGACAUGGGAGAUAAGAGUGCAUCAAAGAGAAUAAUGGGUGCAGCAGGGGUGCCACUUGUGCCUGGAUAUCAUGGCAGUGAACAAGAUAUUGAUUUUAUGAAAUCAGAAGCUGACAAAAUUGGGUAUCCUGUCUUAAUAAAACCAACUCAUGGAGGCGGAGGAAAGGGUAUGAGGAUUGUAGAAAGUCAGAAUGAAUUUGUUGACUCUUUCUUGGGAGCACAACGUGAGGCUGCUGCUUCUUUUGGCAUAAACACAAUUCUGUUAGAGAAGUACAUUACUCAACCAAGGCACAUAGAAGUCCAGAUAUUUGGGGACAAGUAUGGCAAUGUGCUGCAUUUGUAUGAGAGGGAUUGCAGUGUGCAGAGAAGACACCAGAAGAUAAUUGAAGAAGCUCCAGCUCCAAAUAUUACCAAUGACUUCCGCUCACAUUUGGGGCAGGCUGCUGUAUCUGCUGCCAAGGCAGUUAAUUACCACAAUGCUGGCACUGUGGAGUUCAUAGUCGAUUCUGAAUCAGGCCAGUUUUAUUUUAUGGAGAUGAACACCCGUCUUCAGGUUGAGCAUCCUGUGACUGAGAUGAUUGUUGGUCAAGAUCUAGUAGAGUGGCAAAUCCGUGUUGCAAAUGGGGAACCUCUUCCUCUGAGUCAAUCACAAGUUCCCUUGUUAGGUCAUGCUUUUGAAGCCCGAAUAUAUGCUGAAAAUGUCCCUAAAGGAUUUCUUCCUGCAACUGGAGUUCUUCACCAUUAUCAUCCUGUUCCAGUCUCUUCUGAAGCAGUUCGGGUUGAGACUGGAGUUGAACAAGGAAACACUGUUAGCAUGCAUUAUGAUCCUAUGAUUGCAAAGCUUGUUGUGAGGGGUGAAAACCGUGCUGCGGCAUUGGUCAAGCUGAAGAAUUGUUUGUCAAACUUUCAGGUUGCAGGUGUGCCAACUAAUAUCAACUUUCUGCAAAAACUUGCUAACCAUAGGGCAUUUCAAAGUGGAAAUGUGGAAACUCAUUUUAUUCAGCACCAUAAAGAUGACCUCUUUGUUGAUCCUAGUAGUUCCAAAAUAGCAAAGGUUUCUUAUGGUGCUGCAAGACUCAACGCAAUGGUAGUAGCUGCAUGUUUUUGUGAACUAGAACAUUCUGCUUUUAAGCAAAGUCCCCUUGGGAGCCACAGGGUACUUCCCAUAUGGUAUGCUUAUCCUCCUUUCAGAGUCCAUCAUCAUGCUAGGCGUAUUAUGGAACUUGAGUGGGAGAAUGAAUAUGAUAGCAGUUGCUCGAAGCUUUUGACACUUACUGUCAUUUAUCAGCCAGAUGGGAGCUAUCUGAUUGAGAUGGCAGAAGAUGGUUCACCUGGUUUAGAAGUCAAAGCGACAUGCCUAGGUGAGCAUGAUUUUAGUGUUGAAUUUGAUGGUGCAAGCACAGAUGUUAGUUUAGCUGUUUACACCAAGGUAAAUGCCUCUCUACAAGCAUAUUUAAGAGUGCAUUUCAAUUGAUUUAUGGGGAUUAAGUACACCUUUUUUUAUGAUUAUUUGUUUAUUUAGAAUCUUAGUACAAUUACUGAAUAUUUCAUAAAUGCCAUGCAUUAUAUUUUAUUUUAAUAUUAGCAGUAUAAAUAACCAAUAACCUGAGUGUACAUACUAUGUUGUUGUCCUAUCCGGCCUUCUCAUCUGUCUCCCACCUUUCACACUGGAAGUGUUCAAUCAUUCUCAUAGGGAAAGAAACAGUUGGUAGUUCAAUCAUUUCCUUGAGUGGUGUAGUGGAUCAUUGUCUUUUAAAUGAGGACCUUAUUGGAUUCUGGAACUAUCUUAUGUCUAUCCCUUCUACCAUGUGGGUGUUUUUCAUGUGUUUUGCCAAUUUUUAUCAAAGCAUUUUUAUUUUUAUUUUUUAUUUAUGAGGAUAUCAUUCAAAGUUUUCAUUAAGUAAAUUAAGCAUUUUUAAAGUGGGAUCAGAUAAUCACAGUACUCUCUCCAUGUCUG